AUGAAAUUUCUGUCAUGGAAUUGCAGGGGAUUAGGCCAUCCAAGGGUGAUUAAUGUUUUCAAAAGUUUAGUUAGGAAGUCAAAUCUUUCUUGUGUUUUCCUAUGUGAAACUAAAGGAGGUAGGGAUCGGUUAGAGAAGGUCUGCAGGAGCUUGGGGUACCAUAAUAUGGAAAUCAUAGAAGCAAAAGGAAAUGCAGGAGGUCUGUGUUUGAUGUGGUCGGAUGAUGUUAACCUGAAGAUUGAAAGGAGUAAUGAGAGAGUGAUCUGUGGAGAUAUGUUGGAUGAUGUAGGAAAUCCUACCUGGAGUUUUUUGGCUUGCCACAGUCCCCCUUACAUCGGAGAGAAGAAAAAUUUCUGGAGUCAGCUAAUUGGAAUUGUUAAUGAUCUAAAUAGGCCUUGGAUUCUGUUCGGUGAUCUUAAUGAAAUUAUUGAUGAAUCAGAAAAGUUUGGAGGUUGCCACAUCUGGAGAAUAAAACUCUUGAAAGAUUUUAUUCAUGAAAUGGAUGGUCUUGAUUUAGGCUUUAUUGGAGGGCACUUUACUUAG